AUGGCUUCUGCAUUCAUUGGCCUCAGCGUCAAAGUACUCUUGACCAAUGGCACGUCCUUAAAGGGCCAUGUCGCCGACGUCGAUCCGAUCACACAGCGACUUAUGCUACAGGACGUCAUGGUCCAGCUUGUCCACGAUAACACGAUUAAAGUCAUGUCCUCGUUCAGUGUACCUGGAGGAGACAUUAAAGACCUCCAAGUGCUCCCUAAUCAGUCUCCAGUUAAUUCAUUGUCCUAUGGAUCAGCCUCACCAUCUCGCCCGUCUAUUAUGCCCUCCACAACGACUACCAAGCACGGAGGCACGAUGGGGCCAUCAGCCAUGCCAUUGCCAGCCCAUUUGCAGCCAAGUGCGACCUCCAUUAGCGUUACCAGCAGUGGUAGUAGGUCAUUUCAUGACCCAGCUAUUGUCGCUGCCGGUAGCAGCAGUUUACCCUACCAUGAUCCAGCCAUUAUUUCCUACAAGUCAAGCGCCUCUCCAACAAAACCACAGCCGCCGCCAAAUGGGCCAGAAGCAUUAGCCAAGGAAAUGGGCGCAACGAAAACCAGCAAGGCACAUCAUCAGAGCCGUGACAAUCUGAAUGUGGCAGAAUCGAGUGCCACCGAAUCUGUGAGUCGGGGACCAAGAAGGGCGCGCAGGGCCACGCAUAACAAUAAUCACGCCAACAGCAACAACUACAACAGCAAUAACAACCUGUCAGAUUAUGGUUCUCCAGGACCAACACACAAAACUGUAACAGGCAAACGAUCCUCACGAAGAUACAAGGAAGUAGUGCAUGAAUGGGCGCAGGGCGACACAGAUGACUUCAAGGACGAAGACUUUGACUUCCAGCACAACUUGGGACUGUUCGAUAAAGCUGCAGUCUUUGCAGAGAUACGGGAAGCUGACGAAACAGCGCCUGAAUCUUUGCUGGUCAAUUUGAAUCGAAAUCCGAACAGAGCACGGGCUAUGGAGGAAAGCCUCAUGCUGAGGAAACUAAGGCCGACUGAGAAUGUUCUUGAUCCAGCACCAAAGCCGCCUACUUAUAGGGGAGUUAACAGCAAGGGCAGUGCUCAUGGAUCAGGCCAAAGCGAGGAGGAUGAAGUUGAUGAUAGCGAUGACGAUGACUCGUGGAACAGCAGCAGCGUAGACGAAUCCUCUACAAUGACAAAGGCCAUGGGAGCCGCAGCAGCGACACCAGGGCUGAAGAUCAGGUCAAAUGGAGGUGCAACUGGUGCUACAACUCUAGGUUUGCCUUCUUCAUCCGCAAAAGGGAACGGCGAUGGGUGUAGCAGCAAUGGCGGAGGCGGCGGCAAGAAACGCACUGUCAGGAUUCAGACGCUUUCAGGGGUUGCUUGUCCAGCUGUAACGUCGCUUCAGAUGCAGGAGGUCGAGAGGCUGUCAGCCAUGGAGAUGGGCUUAAGCGAGGAACAGAUGAUCGAAAAUGGCGGUCGAGGUGCAGCCAUGAUGUGUCUGCAGGCUUUGGGAGGGUCGAGAAGGAUCCAACCCAACAACCACAACUCUGCACCUUUGGUGGUCAUUCUCGCAGGAAACAAUCGCACAGGGGCGUAUGCUCUCUGCGCUGCACGGCAUCUCUCGAAUCAUGGGUGCGUCGCGCUAGCAUUCGUUGCAGGCUCGAAUCUCGGAGGGCAACUCCUUCCGCUGGUCGCAUCUCAGUCGAGGUCGUUCCUAUCCGCUGGUGGAGAGUUGAUCCACACAAUCGCCGAGCUGCCACAGGCAUCCUCCCCUGUCGACCUGAUUAUGGAUGGAAUGCUCGGCUAUCAGUUAACAGUUCGGGACAUUGUCGACUCUGAUGAGCGUGAAACGGUAUGCGACCUGAUGGACUGGGCGAAUGACAACAAGGCGCCGGUGCUCAGCCUGGAUAUGCCCAGCGGUGUGAACGGGACGACAGGCCAAGGGGACAAGACAAAGUUUUGUGUGCGACCCAAAUGGACGCUUUGUUUAGGAGCACCCAAGGCUGGAUGUCGGUCCAGAUCAACAACGGGCGAAUUGUUCCUGACGGAUCUGGGCAUCCCUAGGACGUGCUGGAAGAAAGCAGGAGUGAAGGGUUGGGGGAUGCCCUGGGGUGCCGAUUUUUUGGUUGGUUUGGAAUACUUGUGA